GGCUACAACUUAACCCGAAGCAAUCGAUCUCUUGCCGGAGAGCAACCCCGAAAUGGACGAAACGGAGAUCGUCGAUGACUACUGGAACUACGACGAUUUCUUCGACGCCUCCGACGAUUUCCCCUUUUAUAAUUGCAACGACACUGCAGAACCAUUUAGAGGAGCUGAUGAAACAAUCAUAACUAAGUCUUCGCGAGAGAAUCCCCUCCCGAAGGGUCUCAGACGGCGAUCAUCGUCGUUCCGACAUAAUCGUCAAGGAAUAUCUGGAGAGUAUGCAAAGGAACCGGACUGUAUCUCUCCCGUUGCUUCAGAAAUUAGCGAGGUUUCAGAGGCAAUCACGCCAAGGGAGAGAAGAAAAAAAAUAUUAUCGUCUUUGAAGGAUCCGGAGAAGGCCCGUGAGGGAUCCAGUUCUCCGCGAAUCCGGUCGAGCUCGGUUCGAAUUGGUAGUUUGAAUGAACAGAAUCACGAGGAUUCCUCCAUUACUCCUGCGAAUAACGAGAGAGUAGACGAGCACGAUCAAGAGAGUUCUACUUCUACCACUAGUACUGCAAAUAAGGAGCAUGUCGACGAGAUGGCCACAGCGGAGUCUCGUCUGGGAGAUUCCGCCGAGUCUUCGGCGGGGUCCUCGUCGAGUUUUCUGGUUUUUCUGGCCGGUUUAGUGAUUAAAGCAAUUGGGCUUCAAAUCAGUUUGUUGAUUAAAUUCAUUAGAUUUCCUAUCUGGUUAUCUUAUUUCUUUUUCGUGCUCGUUACCGAUCCGUUUGGAAUUCUAAGGAGAAUUAGGGGUUAUUUGAUAGAGAAGUCGUUAAGAAUGUGGGGUGUUGUCUGGGAGAGUGUUAGUCCUUCUAUAUAUGAAUGGUUGAAGGGGCAGCAAUCCAUUGGGAAGUUGGCGAUGAGUUUCUGUUGGGGAUUUUUCUGGUCAGUUUAUGUUUAUUUUAUAUUGCUUGGCCUUCUCGCACUUGCACUUGUAAUAAGUGGUUUUAUGAUGCAAAGCCUAGUAGAAGAGCCAAUUCAGAUAACAGAGACGUUGCAUUUUGAUUAUACCAAGGAUAGUCCAGUUGCUUUUGUGCCUAUUAGUUCUUGUGCCGGUGCCUCUUGUGAUGUAAAUUGUUACGAGAAGGUUAGAGUUGGGAAUGAUGGAGGAUCAUUUGUUAUUCCACACAAUCAUAGAUAUCAGCUCACUAUCUCGUUAACACUGCCCGAGUCUGAGUACAACAGGAAACUUGGCGUCUUUCAGGUCAGGGUAGACUUCAUAUCUGAAAAUGGUAAAGUCACAGCCAGUUCAAGCUAUCCAUGUAUGCUGCAGUUUAAAAGCCAGCCUAUUCGCCUUCUUGAGACCUUUCUUAAGAGUGUUCCCCUAGUAGCUGGCUAUGCAUCAGAGUCACAAACCUUGAACUUGAAAAUGAAAGGCUUUACUGAUAAAAAUGAACCGACUUCCUGCUUAAGGGUGGUCCUUGAGCAACGGGCAGAAUACAGACCUGGUUCUGGUAUACCUGAACUUUAUCAUGCAUCUCUGGUCCUUGAGUCUGAGCUCCCUCUAUUUAAAAGGGUUAUUUGGAACUGGAAAAUUACAAUAUUCAUCUGGACCGGUAUAGUAUCAUUCAUGAUGGAAUUUAUCUUCAUUCUGGUCUGCUGUAGACCUAUUAUUAUUCCAAGGUCGAAGCCAAAGCCAAUGCCAACGCCAAGGGAUGGUUCUACAUCUAGCACCAACUCCCCUCAAAACAUGGGUACCCCAUUAAAUGGAAGCUGAGCCACUAGAUUCCAGGUACAUGAUAAUACGGGUAGAAAAGUAUCUCUGUUGUACUCAACACUAACACAUUUUGCUGUAUCCAGUAUUGUAACCCUAACUUUAUGUUCCAUGUAGUUUGAAUUUGAAGUUCUAAUGAGUGGUUGACAAUGAAAAUUAUAUGACUA